GUUCAGCUCCUGUCACUGGGGGAUGUGAAGAACAGGGGGGACCAUGGACUUCGUGAGCAUUCGGCAACUGGUAAGUGGAGAAGGAGUUGAAAGGAAGGUGUCGGGAUUCGGGCGUGGAGUUCCUGAUCCUGGAGGCUGGCCUAGUGACUGGAGGCUGGGCCCCCAAGAGGCUGUGGCCCAGGAGAAGCUGAAGUUGGAAGAAGAGAAGAAGGAGAAACUCGAAAGGCUUAAAAGUUCCAGACUUAAUCUGCAGAAUCUGGCUGACUUGAAAAACUUGGUUCAAAGACGAAGAGAAAAGCGACUGAGACGCAGAGUCCCCCCCAGGGAACCUGAGCCCGUGGUUAAGCCGCAGUCCCAGGCCCAGCUGGAGCCUGUGGACCUGGAGAUGUUCCUGAAGGCAGCUGCUGAGAACCAGGAGGCCCUGAUUGACAAGUACCUGACAGAUGGAGGGGAUCCCAGUGCCCAUGACAAGCUCCACCGCACGGCCUUGCACUGGGCCUGUCUGAAGGGUCACAGCCAGCUGGUGAACAAGCUGCUGGCGGCAGGUGCCGCUGUAGAUGCUCGGGACUUGCUGGACAGGACACCCAUGUUCUGGGCCUGCCGUGGAGGACACCUGGACAUCCUCAAACAGCUGCUUAACCAGGGAGCCAAGGUCAACGCCCAGGACAAGAUCUGGAGCACCCCCUUGCAUGUGGCAGUGCGCACAGGGCAUUGCGACUGCCUGGAGCACCUCAUUGAGUGCGGAGCCCACGUUGAUGCACAGGAUAAGGAAGGGGACACAGCUCUCCAUGAGGCUGUGCGGCAUGGCCGCUACAGAGCCAUGAAGCUGCUCCUGCUGUAUGGAGCCCAGCUGGGUGUGCAGAACAUGGCCUCUAUGACCCCAGUGCAGCUGGCACGAGACUGGCAGCGGGGCAUCCAGGAAGCACUGCAGGCCCAUGUUGGGCAUCCCCGCACCCGGUGCUGACGACAGCCGUGCAGGGUCACUUCCAAUUCCCAUCCCAUCCCCUUUACCCCCACACCUGCACACUCUGUGGUUCUUGCCCCUCAGUCCUGAUUCCCCUUAGGGCUUUGCUUCCUCAGGCCUCCAAGGUGGCUCCCUCAGAGCUGAGGAGCAGCGGCGAGCCCAGCAGGUAGAGAAAGCAGGCCUCCAUGGCUUCAAGCGUUGAGGGGGCCUCAUUGCCUGCUAGGGCUGGAGCUGGGAAGGCUGAGGACCACGGGGUAGCAUAGAGCACAGUGGGUCCAGACAAGGGCCAGGGGGGUGGAGUGUGAGCUAUGCAUGGAACAGAAAGUGAGCAGACCUAAGCCUGGAGCUACCCAGGGCUGGGUGUAGACUUCCUCAGUGUCUACGAACCCUCGGUCUAGGAGAUUGUGCCCUUGCCCUCCAAAGGGUUAGUCUCCAGCAGGUGGUCAUUCAGCCUAUGGCCAGCAGCUACUGUCCAGGACGUACAAGAGGCAACCAAACUAGGCCACACAGGUGCCAGGCAUAUGCGCAGCUGGCUAGUGCUCGUGGGCAGAGGCUUCUCCAGGGUACUCCAUUGCUAUCAGCAGCAACCCUGAUAGCAUCUGGAGCAGCUACAGACAACUUUGGUCUUAAGGACUCUGGAGGUGGGUUCUGGCAAUCUGGAGGGGGCUGUUCAGCAGGUUUGAGGCCCCACAGCAACAGAAGUCCAGUACCAACCAGGUUGCUGCAGAAGCCUUAAGACCAAUAAGCUGAAGCUAACAUUUUAGGAAAACCCUGUGCCCAUUCUGUUCACAGGUUCUGGUCAGACCUGCCUGCUGCCCUGUUGAUGGCUGGCUGGUGGCCCUUACUGUAGGGGUGAAGUGCCUGGGUGCUGGGGAUUGCUUGUGGCCCACCCAAGUCUUGGGGUGGUGGCCCGUAACCCUAGUCUGCCUGAGGCUCUCAUGUUCCCCUAGUACUGGAGCUUGAGCUCUUGCCUGGACCCUGCAACUGCAGCCCACUCUGCCUGAUCCCUCCUGAGGGCAGGACACAGGGGGGCUCUGAACUCAGCCCGCAGGGAAAGCAAGGGAAACCAAAGAGCACAACUCCCCCUGUCCCUUGUCUGCUAAGUGGUGGAUAAUGAGGACCCAGCUUCACACAAGCUCCCUAAAGGCACCUUCCUCUUUCACUGUGGUUAUUUAUUUUGGUGGCUGGCUGGUACGGUCUAACCACCUGUGCUAACUGGCCAGCCCAUUUUCAUUAGUUUCAAGUCUCACUGGUGUAGACCUGUACCACUGGCAGGGCUGAGUCCUUAAAUGCCAGAAAAUGAAUCUUAAAAAGAGCUGUGCUCUAAGUUGAGUAAAGAGCUAAAGGACGAAGGCUCAGCCUCCCCUCACAUGGUUCUGGGUUGAAAUCCAUUUUGCAGAGGUUAUUUAUAGUCUAACUUUGGUGGCCUUAUGGGACCACAAACAAGGCUAUUGUUACUAUGUGAAAAAGCCCACUAGUGCACCACACCAGGGCCCUACACCUUUCCACAGGCAGCCCCUGCACUGUGGUGACAGAGCCAGUGUACAUGCUGAUGCCAUGGGCAAAACAGGCACUCAAAACAAUGGAGACGACAAAUCCUCAUCUAAAAAAUGGGGACACUUAAGUGACAUAAACCUUUUUAUACGGAUAGUUUUUUGUUCAUUAAAACUGGUUGAUUAUCCAGCA